UGUAUCUUUUUCAUCAGAGAAGAAAACAAAUAUUUCUAUGAUCUUGUUUUUAAAGCUGCUUUAGCGAUGUUGUUUUUGUUGCUGCUGUGUAGAGUUUGAACACUGGGGGGCGAGAGAGAGCAGCCCAGGAAGGACUGGAGGGAACUCCUUCUCUACUGCAGUAACAGAGACUGGCCACAAGAGGGAGACAAAGAGAGAGAGAGAGUAGGAAUGUAACACUGAGACCACUGCAGUAACAGAGACUGACCACAAGAGGAAGAGAGCGUAGGACUGUAGAACUCUCUCUAAGUCUCUCUGUCCUUCCUGUCCUGUCCUGGACACCGCGUCUGUCUCUCAUACACAUGUUAAGCCUCACAUUCCCAUACACAACGACCAGGGUGGAAGCAGGGAGGGUUACAGGAAGCAAUGUUUAUUUCCAUUGAACAACAACAAUACAAAACAAACUGUUUGUAAUUGUACUGAAUAAAAAAUAAAUACAUGAAUAAGUAAUAUAAAAAAUAAAGAAGUAAUGGGAAGCAUAUGAGUGGACAUGCUAGCCCUCUCCCCGCCUGCUCCCUCACACACGCUGCAGAUCACUCCUGUCUGCCCUCUCCCUCACACACGCCGCAGUCCGCUCCCUGCCUCACACGCUGCAGUCCGCUCCCCGCCCUCUCCCUCACACACACCGCAGUCCGCUCCCCGCCCGCUCCCUCACACACACCGCAGUCCGCUCCCCGCCCGCUCCCUCACACACACCGCAGUCCGCUCCCCGCCCUCUCCCUCACACACACCGCAGUCCGCUCCCCGCCCGCUCCCUCACACACGCCGCAGUCCGCUCCCCGCCCGCUCCCCGCCCGCUCCCUCACACACGCCGCAGUCCGCUCCCCGCCCGCUCCCUCACACACGCCGCAGUCCGCUCCCCGCCCGCUCCCUCACACACGGUGCAGUCCACUCCUGUCUGCCCUCUCCCUCACACACGCCGCAGUCCACUCCCUGCCUCACACGCUGCAGUCCGCUCCCCGCCCUCUCCCUCACACACACCGCAGUCCGCUCCCCGCCCGCUCCCUCACACACGCCGCAGUCCGCUCCCCGCCCGCUCCCUCACACACGCCGCAGUCCGCUCCCCGCCCGCUCCCUCACACACGCCGCAGUCCGCUCCCCGCCCUCUCCCUCACACACGCCGCAGUCCGCUCCCCGCCCGCUCCCUCACACACGCUGCAGUCCGCUCCCCGCCCGCUCCCUCACACACGCCGCAGUCCGCUCCCCGCCCGCUCCCUCACACACGCUGCAGUCCACUCCUGUCUGCCCUCUCCCUCACACACGCCGCAGUCCGCUCCCUGCCUCACACGCUGCAGUCCGCUCCCCGCCCUCUCCCUCACACACGCCGCAGUCCGCUCCCCGCCCGCUCCCUCACACACGCCGCAGUCCGCUCCCCGCCCGCUCCCUCACACACGCCGCAGUCCGCUCCCCGCCCGCUCCCUCACACACGCUGCAGUCCACUCCUGUCUGCCCUCUCCCUCACACACGCCGCAGUCCGCUCCCCGCCCGCUCCCCGCCCGCUCCCUCACACACGCCGCAGUCCGCUCCUCGCCCGCUCCCUCACACACGCCGCAGUCCGCUCCUCGCCCUCUCCCUCACACACGCUGCAGUCCACUCCUGUCUGCCCUCUCCCUCACACACGCCGCAGUCCGCUCCUCGCCCGCUCCCUCACACACGCUGCAGUCCGCUCCCCGCCCGCUCCCUCACACACGCUGCAGUCCACUCCUGUCUGCCCGCUCCCUCACACACACCGCAGUCCGCUCCCUGCCUCACACGCUGCAGUCCGCUCCCUGCCUCACACACUUAUUUAUGAAUUCAUCUAUUUAUUUCUUAUUUUUCUUUGUUUUUAAUAUGCUUUGAUUCACUGUCAGCUGCUUUAUUUUUUAAAGUUGUUUUUUGUGAGCGGGAGGAUUUACACAGCGGUAGAGAAAGAGAGAGAGAGAGAGAAUUAAAUGUUGUGUUUUCAAAUGUGUCCGUUUUAAGAAAUAAUAAAUAUUGCUCCUUUGAUUGUGUAAAAAUGUACAAGAGCCAAGUUUGGAAAUUAAAAUGACAAAUUGUACACCUGCGUCUGUCUCUGCUUGUUUCUCUUUGAAAAUGGUCCUGUGAUCAGUGACCCUGUCUAUUGCUUCACUGAGCGGUCCUGUGAUCGGUGACCCUGUCUAUUGCUUCACUGAGCGGUCCUGUGAUCGGUGACCCUGUCUAUUGCUUCACUGAGCGGUCCUGUGAUCGGUGACCCUGUCUAUUGCUUCACUGAGCGGUCCUGUGAUCGGUGACCCUGUCUAUUGCUUCACUGAGCGGUCCUGUGAUCAGUGACCCUGUCUAUUGCUUCACUGAGCGGUCCUGUGAUCUGUGACCCUGUCUAUUGCUUCACUGAGCGGUCCUGUGAUCGGUGACCCUGUCUAUUGCUUCACUGAGCGGUCCUGUGAUCAGUGACCCUGUCUAUUGCUUCACUGAGCGGUCCUGUGAUCAGUGACCCUGUCUAUUGCUUCACUGAGCAGUCCUGUGAUCAGUGACCCUGUCUAUUGCUUCACUGAGCAGUCCUGUGAUCAGUGACCCUGUCUAUUGCUUUACUGAGCGGUCCUGUGAUCAGUGACCCUGUCUAUUGCUUCACUGAGCGGUCCUGUGAUCGGUGACCCUGUCUAUUGCUUCACUGAGCGGUCCUGUGAUCGGUGACCCUGUCUAUUGCUUCACUGAGCGGUCCUGUGAUCAGUGAUUUACACAUUGCCUGUACAGUUGAAGGAUCUGAUGUAAGAAUGCGUUGUGUUUGCAGCUGUGUGUAGGAAUCUCUUUUUGACUGUUUCUGAGCGAUGUUGUGUUAUUAAAUGUUUGAAUGCGUUUCAAUGUUGCAUUUUGCUUGUUUUUUUGUCAAAAAACAAAAAGUGAUGUUGUCAUGAAAAACAUUUACUUUAAAGAAGAGUAGAGUUGCAAGCCAAGGGUAAUAUAUGUGAUAUUGGUGAUGAUAAAGACCACUCACCUCAGGCAGAUCAAUAUUAAAGUUGUUGGGUAUACUCCUUCUGCAUCCACGUGAUCAUUUGUGCACUGAGUUCAAAGCUGGGCAGGGAAUUCAAUGUGAACUCAAAUGCCUUG